GUGAGGAAGCGGCUGUCAGUGAGCUGUGUAAUCGCACUGAGUGCGGACAUGAAGAGUUUCACACGGGUCGAUUUAAAUGUUUGCUGAAGAACAGAAGCAACGUGAACACGCCUGAGAGAGGGAUAAGCUGGGGACACAUUUCAACCUGGUGGCGGUCGCACAUAUCGCAUGGUUUGUAGGAAAACCUGUAAUGCAAGGCUACAGAAAGAAAGGUAUUGCAAGACGCCUUGUUAUAAAGUGAUUGGGCACGAUCGUUCCUAAAUGAAUACUCGCAUCAAGGAACGUGGCCGCCGUAAUCAUAGUGACAAAAUGAUCACCCAAGAGAUUAAGAGCAGCAGAUCUUCAAGAUACCACGGGAAUGGAAGGAGAAAGUUUGCAUUAAGUACGUGGAGUUUGUGGGCUUUCUUGUUUUUUAAUACCCACGUGUUGAAAGCUCUGGCACAAGGUGACGUGGCCCCAUAUUUCAAAACUGAACCAGGUCCCCCGGAAAUCCACCUGGAAGGAAACCGUUUGGUCAUGACCUGCUUGGCUGAGGGCAGCUGGCCCCUGGAGUUCAAAUGGAUGCUCAACAACACAGACAUCACCACCUUUUCUCCUGAGUACAAGUAUACCAUUAAGUCUCUGCAGCGUUCUGACAUUGGGUUUUACCAGUGCGUGGUUAGGAACCGGAUGGGAGCUCUGAUUCAGAGGAAAGCAGAAAUACAGGUUGCCUACAUGGGGAGCUUUGUGGAGGCCGAGCAGAGGAAGACAGUAUCACAGGGGAAGGCGGCCGUCCUCAACUCCCCGGCGGUCAGCUGUUUCCCCCAGCCGCAGGUGACGUGGUUCCGGGACGGCUACAAGAUUAUCCCCAGCAGCAGAGUAGCCAUAACCUUGGACAACCAGCUGGUGGUGCUCUCUACGGCAGCAGCCGAUGCAGGGAGGUACUACGUUCAAGCAGUCAAUGAAAAGAACGGGGAAAACAAGACAAGCCCAUCCAUUUACUUGAACAUAGCGAUAAGCAAGAGGAAUCGAGGAUCUGUUGAUUCGGACGCCCCCGCGGACCCAGUGGCCCCGUCCAUUGUGAUCCCUCCCAGAAACACGACUGUGGUGGCCGGGGUCAGUGAGGCCAUGCUGGAGUGUGUGGCCAAUGCAAGGCCAGUGGAGAAGCUCAGCAUUUCUUGGAAGCGAAAUGGAAUGGAGCUAGUGAGCGGGGUGGGCACGUUCGGCAGGAGGCUUACCAUCACCAACCCGACCUCGGCUGACGUGGGCCUGUAUGUGUGCCAGGCCUCCCUGCUAGACAGCAGCGUGAAGACUGUGGAGGCCAGAGCCUUCCUGUCCAUCACAGAGGCCCCUUACUUCACUGUGGAGCCCAGGAGAAAGAUCAUGGGAGAGGUGGAGAAAAGUGUGGACAUUGAAUGUCAGGCGCGGGGAGUCCCGGUGCCCAGGCUAGAGUGGUACAAGGAUGCUGUGCCACUUCAAAAGCUGAACAACCCCCGCUACAGAGUGCUGUCCAGUAUGGGCCUGCAGAUCAGGAGGGUGCAGCCCAGCGAUGCCGGGAUCUUCCAGUGUUUCGCUAGGAACUCCGCCGGAGAGGCCCAGGCCCACGCUUACCUGGAUGUCACAAGUAUGGCCCCCGCCUUCACGACAGCCCCCUCCGACAUCACCGUGACCGACGGGGCCAUGGCCACCUUCACCUGCGAGGUCUCGGGAGCGCCCAAGCCUGCCAUCACCUGGAGGAGAGACUCUCAGAUUUUGGCGAGCGGCUCAGUCCAGAUCCCCCGUUUCACCCUCUUGGAGUCGGGAGGGCUGCAGGUUUCCCCAGUCUUCCUCCAUGACACCGGCAGCUACACCUGCUAUGCCAGCAACUCCCAGGGAGCCAUCAACGCUACCUCCACCCUCACUGUGUGGAGCCGUACCUCCAUCUCCCAGGCCCCAACAGACCGCCGUGUCAUCAAAGGAACAAUGGCCGUGCUGGAGUGCAGUGCCACCCACGACCCCAGAGUAUCUGUCAGGUUUGUGUGGAAGAAAGAUGGUAAUGUGGUCAGCCAGACCAGCGGGGGGCGUAUCACCGUGAGGGAAGGCUCCCUGCACAUCAGCCAGACCUGGUCGGGUGACAUAGGGGACUACACAUGUGACGUCCUCUCUCAAGCCGGCAAUGACUCCAAGUCUGCUCGUCUAGAGGUCAUCGAGCUGCCCCACUCCCCGCGGAACCUGCAGGCCAGCCUGAACGUCACCGACAGCCGUACCGUGGACCUGUCCUGGCUGCGGCCCUUUGACGGCAACAGCCCACUCCUGCACUACGUCGUCGAGCUCUCCGAAAACAACUCCCCAUGGAAAGUGGCUUUACCGACAGUGGACCCUGCCCUGACAGGGGCAGUGGUGAAAGGGCUGACCCCAGCACGCACGUACCAGUUCAGGGUCUGUGCCGUCAACCAGGUGGGCAAGGGACAGUACAGCACGGCCACAAACAGGCUGAUGCUGCGUGAAGAGGCUCCCAGCGCUCCUCCCAAAAACAUUGUGGCCAGUGGCCGCACCAACCAAUCCAUCAUGGUGCAGUGGCAGCCACCCCCCGAAUCUGAGCUCAACGGGGUUCUCAGGGGAUAUGUUCUCAGGUAUCGCCUCGCCGGGCUCCCCGGUGAGUACCAGCUGAAGAACAUCACCAGCCCGGAGAUAAACUACUGCCUGAUUGGAGAUCUCAUCAUCUGGACGCAGUAUGAAAUCCAGGUGGCUGCCUACACUGGAGCAGGCCUGGGUGUGUUCAGCCCGCCUCUGUCUGAGUACACCCUACAGGGAGUGCCAACAGCACCCCCGCAGAAUGUAGAGGCCAAGGCCCUGAACUCAACAACAAUCAAAUUUACCUGGAAUCCACCCCCGCAGCAGUUCAUCAAUGGCAUCAAUCAAGGGUAUAAGCUGCUGGCGUGGCCGGAGCGGUCGCCCGAAGCCGUUACCGUGGUGACCAUCACCCCCGAUUUCCAUGGCGCCCGGCACGUGGGUUACAUCAGUGGCCUGAAGAAAUUCACCUGGUACUUCGUGUCCGUGCUGUGCUUCACCACGCCGGGUGACGGGCCCAGCAGCCCUCCUCUACUAAUACAAACCCACGAGGACAAACCAGGCCCAGUGGGUCACCUGAGUUUCACAGAGAUACUGGACACUUCCCUGCGGGUCAGCUGGCAAGAGCCCGUGGACAAGAACGGAGUGAUCAUAGGCUACCUUGUGUCCUGGGAGGUGCAGGGGCAGAACUCCUCCCGGGUCUCCCGCACUCUACCCAACACCACGCUGCACUACAAAGUGACUGGCCUCACCGCUCUCACCACCUACUCCCUGGAGGUGGCUGCCAUGACGGAGGCUGGGAUGGGGACCGUUACUUCCUCAACCAUCUCCUCAGGGGUGCCCCCAGAGCUUCCUGGAUCACCAUCAAACCUGGUAAUCUCCAAAAUAAGCCCCCGUUCAGCCACACUCAAGUUCCGUGCUGGAGACGAUGGGAAAACAUCCAUCUGCAAAUGGAUUGUUGAGGGACAGGUGGGGAGCAUCAGUGAGGACGAGGAGUGGAAGGUUCUGUACGAGAAGGAGAAUGAGCCGGAUGCCCAGGUGCUGGAGAUCCCCAACCUCACCCCCUUUACUCACUACAGGUUCCGCAUGCGGCAAGUGAACAUCGUAGGCUCCAGUCCUGUGAGCCAGCCGUCCCGUGUGAUCCAGACUCUGCAGGCCCCCCCGGACAUCGCCCCCAGCAGCGUGACCGUGCGCACGGCCAGCGAGACCAGCCUGUGGCUGCGAUGGGUGCCUUUACCGGACUCUGAGUACAACGGGAAUCCGGAGAGUGUGGGCUACCGAAUCAAGCUGUGGCGAGCCGACCUGCAGGGGGAGCCGCGGGUCCAGCUGGUGAGCGACCGGCUGGAGAGGGAGAUGACGCUGGAGGGUCUGGAGGAGUGGACGGAGUACCUCCUGCAGAUCCAGGCCUUCAACUCCAUCGGUCCUGGGCCCUGGAGCGAGAUCGUGAAGGGCCGCACGCGGGAGUCAGUGCCAUCUGGGUCCCCAGAGAAUGUGACAGCAGAGGCAGUGAGCUCCACACGGAUCCUGGUCACCUGGGGUCCCGUGCCAGAACCAGAACAGAACGGACACAUUCUGGGAUAUAAGGUGCUGUACAAAGAGAAGGACUCAGAGUCGGAGCCGCAGGGCCACAUUGUGAAAGGCAACCUCACACAGUCAGUGCUGCUGCGGAACCUGCGCAAAUACGUGCUGUACCAGAUCCAGGUGCUGGCCUUCACCCGCAUCGGAGACGGCGAGCCCAGCAGCCCGCCUGUGCUGGAGAGGUCUAAGGACGAUGUUCCAGGGCCGCCCGUAAGACUUGUGUUCCCAGAGGUGCGCCUGACGGAGGUGAGGGUGGUGUGGCAGCCCCCGGUGGACCCCAACGGAAUAAUCAUGGGGUACCAGAUAGCCUACCGCCUGAACGCCAGCGACCCCAACAAGUUCACCACAGUGGAGGUGGACUCCAAUGCCCGGCAGUUCACCGUGACCGGGCUGGCUCCUGAAUCUGCCUACGUCUUCCGCAUCUCCGCCAGGACCCAGCAGGGCUGGGGCCUUCCGGAGCAGGCUGUGGUCAUAACCACGGAGAAGAGAGAGCGACCUCAGCCCCCAAGGAAGCUGACCGUUCCCCAGGAGGAGGUGCGGUCGCGCCAGCUGCUGCUCCGCUGGGUCCCGGGAGGGGAUGGCUCCUCGCCCGUCCGCUACUUUACCCUGCAGACCCAGCAGCUGCCCGACGGGGACUGGCUCACCCACUCCUCCGCCAUCGGGCACAACAGCACUUCCUGGGAGGUGGAUCGGCUGAAACCCUUCACUUCCUACAAGCUGAGGAUGAUGGCAACCAAUGAUGUUGGAGACAGUGCCUUCAGCAAGGAGACAGAGCCUAUCACGACUCUACAAGACGUGCCCGAUGAGCCCCCCGUCAUUGUGGCUGUAAGGCCGUCGACAACCACCUCCAUCCUGGUCCAGUGGCAGGCACCCAAAGACGAGAGUGUGAACGGACUCCUGGUGGGAUACCGACUGUACUACCGAGAACUUCAGUAUGACAACGCUCCACCGGAGUCAAAGGCGACGGCUAACAGCUCAUUACUGCGCGCCGAUAUGACAGCCAAAAGCUCUUUCAAGACAGUGAGCAGUGCAUCGUCAACAGAAUUCGAGCUAACGCAGCUGAACAAGUACAAGCGCUAUGAGAUUGUGAUGACGGCCUACAAUAUCAUCGGAGAGAGCCCACCCAGUGCGCCUGUGGAGGUGUUUGUGGGAGAAGCAGCUCCCUCCGUGGCCCCACAGAACAUCCAGGUCAACGCUCUGUCAUCCACACAGCUGGAGGUGCUAUGGGAGGCUCCGCCUAUAGAAACUCAGAAUGGCAACAUACAGGGCUACAAGAUCCACUACUGGGAACAGGAUGGACAGAAUGAGACAGAAAAGGUGAAAAUCCUGUUCCUCCCUGAGACAACGAUCAGACUGAAGAAUCUCACCAGCUAUACCUCCUACCUGGUGAAGCUGUCAGCCUUCAACGCGGCCGGUGACGGGCCCAUGAGCGAACCCAGGAGGGGGCGCACUCUUCAGGCAGCUCCCAGUAUCCCUAGCUUCAUCACUUUCUCUGAGGUGUCCACCACCAUGCUCAAUGUGUCCUGGGGCAUGCCGCUGUCCCCCAACGGUGUGGUGGAGGGGUACAGGGUAGUGUACGAGCCGUCUGCCCCAAUUCAUGGAGUGAGUAAGGUGGUGACGGUGGACGUGAGAGGAAAUCGGCAGCGCUGGCUGAAGGUGCGAGACCUGACCAAGGGCGUGACCUACUGCUUCCGAGUGCAGGCCAAGACCAUCAGCUUUGGCCCUGAGCUAGAGGCUAAUAUCACCGCGGGACCCGUCGAAGGGUCUCCUGGACCUCCAAGGGAGAUGUCAGUCACAAAGUCUGCCUCAUCCAUCAUCAUUAAUUGGUCAGCAGGAGACACAGGGGCUGGGCCUGUCACAGGUUACGUCAUUGAAGCGCGUCCUUCAGAUGAGGGCUUAUGGGAUACAUUUGUGAAGCACUUGCCCCCUAGCAGCACAUCCCACUCGGUCAAUCUGGACCGUCUCAGGCAAGGUGUGAGUUACCAGUUUCGGGUACUCGCAGUCAACAAGUUUGGCUAUGGUGAGCCAAGUGCGCCCUCUGCUGCCUUGUCAGCUCAGUCAGAGACACCUUUCUAUGAGGACUGGUGGUUCCUGGUUGUCAUGGCUCUGUGCGGUCUGAUCCUCGUGCUGCUUGUUGUCUUUGGCUUGGUGCUACAUGGGCAGAGCAGGAAGUACAAGAGCUGCAACACCGGGAAAGCUGUUUCUACGGUGGAAGAGUCCGUCACACUGGACAACGGAGGCUUCACCGCGCUGGAGCUCAACAGCAGACACCUCAACGUCAAAAGCUCUUUCCUAAAGAAAAACGGGACAAGGUCGCCGCCACGGCCCAGCCCGGGAGUCCUGCGCUACUCCGACGAGGACCUCUGCAACAGCUACAACGGCGCGGCUCUGACGGACAGCGCCACGCUGACGGAGAAGCCCGCCGCCGUCUCCGAAUCGGAGGCCACGGACAGCGAUGGUGAGGACGAGAGGCCCAAGCACUCGUUCGUUAACCACUACAUGAGCGACCCUGCCUACUUGGGCUCGUGGAAACGGCAGCAGAAGGGACUGAAGCAGACUUUGGCCUACGCCUACGAGGAGUGUGCCAGGGGCGACGGCGACGGCCACUACCACACCGUGGUCACCACGCACAGCGUGGGCGGGGUUUACACGGCGGCCGGACAGCCGGCUUCCGGCUCACGGACUCCUGUCACAGGCUUCUCAUCUUUUGUGUGACACCCCCCCCCCCCCGGCGGGGCCUGAAGAACCAGCUGGGUCGCUCUGACCAAUAAAAACACCACAGGGAGAAAACAACCUGAAGCCGAGUGGAUUGUCUGUAAUUUAAUA